GAGUACUCGGCGACGAUGAUGGAGGCAUUGUUGCCAGUCUUCCACUACGGUAUGGAUGCCAGAGCCAGCAUCACUGCCCCUGCUGCCAGACGAGGGUCGGUGUGUGGCUGGGUGUACGGCUCGCUGGUCUUCGUGGUAGCUCUGGCUGUCUACUGGAAUGCCCUCAGCUGCAGCUUUGUCUUCGACGACAUCUCUGCCAUCAAGGAGAACCGCGACCUCCGACCUCACACGCCCGUCACCAACCUCUUUCUCCACGACUUCUGGGGCACGCCCAUGCAAAAGGAACAGAGCCAUAAGUCGUAUCGGCCGCUGUGUGUGUUGACCUUCCGUCUCAACUACCUGCUGCACGGUCUCGAACCACUGGGAUAUCACCUGGUUAACAUGCUACUACAUGGCGUAGUUUGCAUUCUCUACUACAGGUCUGUAACCUGUCUCAUACCUGUUGUUGUGUGCUAUCAAGAACACAGUGUUCAAAAGAGUGACCAUAACGAUGGCCUUAUACUUACCAAUUGCUUUGAUCAUCGUCUGUGUAUAUGUCAGAUUAUCAGAACAGGUGUGGAUAUUGUCGCUAGAGCGGCCGCUACCGUUUCGCCGCUGCUUCGCCGCUACUUCGCCUCUACUGUUUUUCUGCUACUGCUUCGCUUCUACCGUUUCCUUGCCAUGUUUUCCCACUUUGUGACCUUCGUAGGGGGUCAAGAACCUUCGUAG